GAAAGUUGCAAAGGCACUGAGUGUCAGCCAAACACUUGGCACAAUGUAAGAUGCUCGACAGACGACGACUGCGAUCAGCCAAACACCACGUGCUACAAACGUGUCUGUAGGUGUCACCCCGGGUACUUCUAUACCACACACGACACGUGUACUGACACUUGUAGCCCAGACGACAUGCAGGACAGCUUCACAGAGUAUCCUGACAGCGCUCUACGUGCAAAUCUCAUUGGUAGCGAGGAUGGACUCACUGUGGAAGACUGCAAGGGCAGGUGUCAGACUAACAAGACUUGCCUCACCUUUGAUUUCAAAGCCAGUGGAGGUCUGUGUCGGCUUCAUGGUGUCACCGCUCAUGAGUCUCCCUCAUACUGGUCUCCUAAGCGGAGUAAAGGCUGGACCCACUACCAGAAAUCCUGCAAGUCCACUUUUGCCUCAAACGAUAACUGGUACAACUUAUUGUGUAACAGCAAAAUUGAUUGUCAUCACCCACACAGCGAUUGUUUGUCAGGACGAUGUCUAUGCCACUCAGGAUUCCACUUCAAUCAAGACGAGAAGGAGUGUGUUGUUACAAGGUAUUGUGCAGACUUGCUGGCAACAGGCGCCAAGAGUGGUGUGUACACCGUUCAGCUAGAUGGAUUUUCGUACAAGGGACCUGUGUCAGUGUGGUGUGAUAUGGACACUGCGGGCGGCGGCUGGACGGUCAUCCAGAGACGUCGCAAGUUAGUAUUGAAGCCAGAUGAGUAUGUUGACUUCAACCGGAACUGGACAGAAUAUUUAAACGGUUUUGGUAACCUCUCUGGAGAUUUCUGGCUGGGCCUAGGCGCGAUUCACGAACUGUCAUGGUAUCCACGAGGUGGUGUGCGCUUGAGAGUGGAGCUGGCGACAUGGACAGCGACAUACUGGGCGCAAUACGACUCUUUCACUUUGUACGAUCCUGGCCGUAACUACUCACUUUACGCGCGGGGCUACUCGGGUACCGCAGGAAAUGCGUUCACAGGUAUUUACCCAGACCCGUUUCAAACCUACGACCGAAACUGGUACAGCUGUGUCACAUAUACUAAGGGCCCCUGGUGGUACAAGCCUGACUGUGCCAGCGGCGCUAACCUCUUCAGCCCUGAUAAACUUUACAUGACCUGGGCUGACAUCAGCUACGUGGAGUUCUCGGAGAUGAAGAUUAAGCCACGGCGCUAACACCACCUUGUCUCCUGUACUCACUGCUUACACCGCCAGUCGACUGUUCACUGUUCACUCCAGGUUCCACUGAUGAUGUGAGCUCAGUGUACAUUAAUCUUUCGCAAUAGUCUAGCAUCUCAACCUAGCGCAGACUACUGUACUUUAAUUGUUUAAUUUGAGUAUAUUGCCUGGUGAUUCUAUUAUACGCGUGUUGUAUUACUUCUUUCAGAUUUGCAUUUGCUCUGAUAAACUAACAUGUUUACAAACGUAAAGUCUAAGUUUAAUUAAUGAAUUUUGCAUUAAUUGUGUCUGGGUUGUAGUAAACGUGCCAUCAGCUGUCGCUAUACACUUGAUAGUUUAUAGUAAACGUGUCAUGAACAUUACUUCCCCUUUAAACUAAUGAUAAUGGUAGUUGAUACAUCACAUCUCUUACUUAAUUGUACAAACAAAUAAACUAUUUUAAUAUUUGUUCCACACUGAAGAGCUCUAACAGCAAGGCGCUAGCAAAAUGGCGACACACACCUGGUGACACACCUGUAUAUUCUCUGUGUACAACUUCCACUACAAACUUUCUGUUACAAUAUUGCAGUAAGAGGGAGGUUUCCAGCACUUCUUGUUCUCCUCCUUCUACAGGGGGUUGAUGUAGAUUUGCUUGUGCAGGUUUAGUAACUGCUGUAAUUCGGCUUGUGCGCUGUUAAUAUUGCCAUUGUUGUGCUUGUGUGCUAGUAUUUUGCAUUAUUUUGUAUUUACUAAACUCUGGAGAGACUGUUGCCUCCACUGCCUCGCUGUGUUGUAUUCUAAAAUGUCACGUGACGCUUUGCUUAAUAAGUAUUUGUCCUAAACUGAA